CUUGAUUCCUUGUUGCUGAUAGUUUUUAGAGUUUAAAAUAGAACAAUAUAUAACAAAGAAAAACAAGCAACAAAAACAAAGAAAAGUUACUUUAGAUGAUAAAGAAAUGAAAUGCUGAAAAAUAUCAAUUUUAAAUUUGUUCGCUUCUGUUCAAGUAAGUUUGACAUAAAAGAAAUUCUUAAAAAUGUCACUAAAGAUAAAUUUUCAAUCCGAAUGGUGAAAAGCUCUGGACCUGGAGGACAACAUGUAAAUAAAACUAAUUCGAAAGUGGAACUUCGUUUUAAGAUUUCUGAUGCUACAUGGUUAUCUGAAGAUCUACGAACAAAAUUGAUUGCACAGAACAACGUUAAUAAAAAUGGAGAAAUAGUAGUAUCUUCAGACGUUGAUCGCUCCCAGCAUUAUAAUCUAGAAGAUGCUAUCAAUAAAAUAAAAAAGAAGAUUAUUAAGGCUUCGUUUGUUCCAGAAGGUCCGACGGAAGAAACUAAAGAUCGUGUAAAUAGUUAUAAGAUAAAGGAAAACGAAAGUCGUAUCCAAAAUAAAAAAAUCCAUUCUAUGAAAAAAUUUGAAAGGAAAGAUGUCGAAUGAUAAAUAACAAAAGGCAAUUUUUGUUUCAUGUUUUUUUAUAGAUUCAGGUAUUUUUCGUCUCACCUUAUAAAACCUUGUUUGCUUAACAACAAUAGCCUUUUAAUUCAAUGUAUUUUCUUAAAGAUUGCUUUGUUUGCGAAUCAAAUAAAAGUUGUUGUAAAUUAAUUAAUGUUAAAAAGAUAUUUUUCAA